UUUCGUUUAUAUUUUGGCGGCUCAAAAAUAUGUGAACAUUCUGAAGUAUAAUCUGAACGUGACGCAUCUUUUUCUCCACCAGCUUAUAUUUGAAGAAGUUGCAAAAUGACUAUGAUGCGGAAAAUUCUAUUUAGCAGCAUACUACUUCUGGCAUUUUGGAACAAGAAUAAAGUUGCUGAGGCUGACAACGUACUUCUACUGUCGUGGCCCCUCUUUAGUCAUGUACAGGCUUUGGCUUCUAUGGGCAGAGAACUGAGUAAAUUUUCUCAUACAAGUUACUUGCCCAUUACCGAAGACCUCGUUGAGCAUUUCAAGACAUACAAAGGAGUAAAAAUUAUGCAAAUGAAAAGUGACCCAAACCUUCUGACAUUUACGGAAAAGGGAAUGCAGCUACUUUAUAAAGAUUCAAAUGUAACAUUUAAGCAGCUUCAAGAAAUCAUGGACGUUAUUUGUGAUAACUUAUUAUUCGAUGAAGAUUGGUUUCAGUCAUUGAAAGCUGUCAAUGCCACAAUCGCAGUGAUAGAUUAUGUGUUUAUGAGUAACUGUCUGGCUAUCAUACCAUACAGAUUAUCUAUUCCAUAUGUAUUUCAAGGACUUAAUUUUCAACAUUAUGCUAUCAGUCGAACACCCUGGCUGCCGUCAACAUUUCCUCACCAGGGACUUAUUAACUCAGAUAAAAUGAAUUUCUACGACAGACUUGAAAACAGUUUCGUAACGAUGUCUGCAUAUUUCAGACGACUAAAUGGAGCUCCACAGAAAAGUGUUAAAACGUUUGCUCCACAAAAGCCUGAUAUAACUUUUACGAGUUUGAUGCAGCAAGCUGAUUUAUAUCUGAUUGAGACAGACACAGUACUGGACUAUCCAAUUCCGACACUUCCUAAUGUCGUAUCCAUCGGUGGAAUUUCAACCCGACCAGCUUCUGCAUUGAAAGGGGACUUACGUAAAUUUGUCGAUGAAUCUAAUCAUGGGAUUAUCGUUGUUUCGUUUGGAAGUUUUUUGGAAGAGUUACCAAAGGAAGUCAUUGCAAAGAUGGAACUGGCAUUUCAAGAAAUAAAAUAUAGCGUCGUUUGGAAACGGCCAGAUGCAAAACAAUUGGCACCAAACAUCUUUGUCACAAAAUGGUUGCCACAAAAUGAUCUUUUGGGUCAUCCAAAAACAAAACUCUUCAUUACACAUUGUGGAAAUAAUGGUCAGUUUGAAGCUCUUUAUCAUGGAGUUCCAAUGCUCGGAUUACCAGUAUUUGGAGAUCAGUUUCAAAAUGGCCAUCAAAUGCACGUAAAGGAAUAUGGAAUUUCUAUGGAUAUAUAUAAUUACAAUAAAGAUGAACUUGUAUCAAACAUUAACGAACUGAUUGAGAAUUCAAAAUAUAAAACUAAUAUAAAACUUGCCAGUGAAAUAUUUCAUUCCCGUCCAGAACACCCAGCAGAAAGGGCUGCUCGGUAUGUAGACCAUGUGAUAAAGUAUGGCGGAGAUUAUUUAAGAUCACCCUCUCAAAAUAUGCCUCUUUACCAAUUUCUCAUGCUGGAUAUCUAUGCUACAUUUCUGGCUAUAAUCAUAGCUGUUGUGUUGGUUGUUAAGUUUGUGGUUUUAAAAUGUUAUCGAUGUUGUUUUGCGAAAAAGAAGAAAACGGAAUAAACAGAAGCAAUGUUAUUGUAACUGACUGGUGAGGCAAUGAGCUGGCAGAAUUGUUACUAUGCUGGACAAGAUGCUUAGCAGCAUUGCCAUUCGUCUUUAUGUUCUGAGUUCAAAUUCUGCUGAGGUCGAUUUUGCCUUACAUAUUUUAGGAAUCAAUAAAAUAAGUACCAGUUGAACACUGGUGUCAUUGUAAUCGACUAGGCCUCUCCCACCAAAAUUUCAGGCCUUGUGUCUAUUGCAGGAAGAAUUUUUAAAACUGACUGAUCUCAUCAAAAUAUUCUUAUUCAAUAUAAUAUUACUUAACAUUUCGAUUGUCAGAAUAUAAAACGGAAUAGGUGGAUAUUAACUACUACUACUACUAUUACUACUACUACUACUACUAACACUAACACUACCACCAUCUCUACCACUGUGACAAAUACUGCUACCAGUUGGUUACAGGUUACAGUAGCUAUUCAAUAUCAGGUCUAAGUUAAGGUGGCAAGCUGGCAGAAUCGUUAGCGUGUCAGGCGAAAUGCUAAGCGGUAUUUUGUCUGUCUUUAGAUUCUGUGUUCAAAUUCCACAGAGGUUGAUUUUGCCUUUCAUCCUUUCAGGGCCAAUAAAUUAAGUAGCAGUUCCAUACUGGAGUCGUUCUAAUCAACUGGCCCCCUCCCCCAAAAUUUCGGGCCUUGUGCCUAGAGUAGAAAAGAAUAUCAAAUCACAGUUGUACCAAAUGUAUUCAGACAACAUUUAUGUACGUGUGGAGAACUGUUGUGCCUCAGUUCUGCAUAUGUUAGUCACCCCUGCAGUGACUCCUUCUACACUUUUCUAAAUCUUCUACCAAUGUGGUAGUUCAGUCUCUUUUCCUGAACCACUAAGUUACAGACAUACACACACACACACACAAACAAAACCACUUACACAUAUGUAUAUAUACACUCGGUGUAAUUGUGACCCAUUGGGUCAAAACCACUUCUACUUGAAUAUGUCGAUGCACAAUGGUGAAGGAAAAAAUGUUAUUUGCCCUCAAAACUUCAUGUAAUAAACUCAAAACUUCAUGCAAUAAAACAGUUCUCCUGCCAUUGGUGUGACAACAUAAACACAA